GGGAUCGACGUUCCUCCUCGAUGAGGCCAAAACACGCGAGCGGAUUAAGAAGGUCAAUGCUGUUGCCAACCAGUUCACCGUGAUCCACGUCGUUCGAAUAAGUGCCGGCGAACGCGCACGCUCGUAAUUCAGGGGCAAAGGAGAAACGUGCUUUCCUCCCACGCGCAUCCCGCGUGUUCACGCCAGAGCGGUACCGCCGUUCAUAAAUCGCACGCGGCCGACCGUCGGAGGGCGAGACGAGACGAUAUGAGGAUGUGACGUUAUUCGCAGAUUCGUUAAUUGUCAUUGCGCCGGAUGGCUGCUGGCACGCAUUAAUCUCGGUCGCGCUCGGUCCACUCGAAUCGACUUCGUGCCGUGUUGCGUCCAAUCGCUUUCAAUUCGUACAACCCUGCAACGAAAGGAACUCGAACGCUUCCACCUUUGAUCCCUAUAAUUUCUUUUAAUCGAGACUAAAAGAGUCCGUCGAUGAAUAGGCAAAACGUUUCGUGCGACGAAACUCGUGCUCGUUCCUUCUCCCAUCUACGAUUCGAAUCAAUGAUGAAUUUGCGCUUGGAGAAGGACUUCGGAUCGAGUGCCCAUUCGUCGACUAUUAAUUCGUCGAUUAAAUCAUUUGCCAACCGAUCCCGCGCGAUUGUUUUCUCGCUUCUUUAUUUUUAACUACUCUUCGAGCAUUCUUCGGAUUUAAUUGUUACCGCUCGAGUCCUUUCGAGACGAUCAUCGCCUUUAGCUUCGUCGAUCUCGUUCGUACGUUCCUCUCUCCGUUCGAAUCGAAAAGAGUCGUCGCUCGGCGGCUCAACGAUGGUGUAUCCUCGUACCGGAAGAGAAAAAUCCGCGAUCGCUCGGUCGUUUCGUGCGAUUUUAUCUUCGCGUUAUCGCGCACCUUUGACCGCGAGGAAGACCCACGUAGAUAAAUCUACGGCUCUUUCGAUCGAUCUUCGAGACCUCGUCGUCGUCCGAUUCGCGUCGCCUCGAGGGAAGAGAACGCCACCCUAGCGCACUGCUCCUCGCGAUGCUUACGUUCGUUCAGGACUCGCGAGGUUGCACCGUAGGAACGUACGAAUUGGAAAAUUAUUUAUCGAAUCUUAAUGGUCUCGUCGCCUCAUGGGCACGUCUGCGAAGAUGUAGUCGCCUUUCGGAGCUAAUGCACUCGUCGUCGAAACAGAAACCCGGUUAUUUUCCCGAUGAAAGUUCAUAACGCUUAUCUCGCGGCGAUUGCGUGACCGUUAACGGCUAAGAUAAGGUGUCGACCGUGAAAGGACGUUACGUAACGUAGUUCGCGGGGGAGAAUGGAAUCGCGUUACGCGUAUCGCGGAUACAUCCCGCGGCGUCGAUCUUAUCCGUCAGUCUUUUUUCUUUUUUCUUUCCCUUUCCCGAGCAUGAUGGCAACGAGGCGGGAAAGAGAUCUUACGGGGGAUCGCGCGAGUUCACGGCGUUUGUCGGAAUUCGGAUAAAGUUCCUUGGGGACGUAUCGUUGCGCAGGAAGAACGAUCCCUUCGAUGUCUUCGAAGCGACGUUAAAACGACGCUCACGUCGUAGAGCUUCUUCUUGCCGAGGCGCCGCGACGUGUGCUCUAAAUAGACCGCAAGCGCGUCUCGUUCGGCGCCGCUCGGCGCCGUACCGUUCUAUCGCGUACGAUAGAGAAGCGUAGAAGCGUAGAAACGGUCGAGCGACAAAAUACAGCCGAGGUUAUAUUUUUCGCUCGGAAAAAUCGCAGGUAUCCGAGAAAAGUAUGACGAAGAGUCGGGGAGAUCGUUCUUCGUAAGUUUCCGCGCGGAAGCGCGAAGGAGAGAAACGCGAGCUCGGGCUGACGAUCGAAAAUAAAGAUCGACGUGGGCGAUGACACCUGUCUUUUCGCUCGUCGUAGACUUUGGAUAUCGGCAAGAGGAGGUAGUUUUAUUUUUGCGUAGAACCGGUGUCUCGGGGACGAAGGGGGAACGAUUCUAAAUGGAUGGUCAAACGCCGAAGCGAUUCGAUGCGUCCGAUCGCGAAGCCAAUUCGCUGGAGUUUUCGUUAGCGAUCUCGCGUAUGGUCGGCAGAGAGCGUAGACGCUUACUCACGUGAAUUAGACACGCGUCUAUUUGUUCUUCCUAUUUUCGUAGUCGUUCGUCGUAUAUAAAGAGCCCGUUCCGUCCUCGGGACAUUGCCGAAAGAUUUGGCAACGAUCCGCGCUUUUCUACGUCGCGGUUACGAGUCCGAGCGCGCGAAACGGACUGCCUCCGUUAGAGAGGGAGAUCUAGAGAACGGUUAUCGACGUGGGCCAUCGGAUCGACUUCGCGUUCGCGCUCUUCUCCUACGUUUCGUCGAUCGUCGAUCGCUUUUGCCCGUUGAUCUUUCGGGUCGAUCGUUCGAAAUUCAAAAAGGAAUAUGUGUCUCCUUCGGCGACGAUUCCCCGUAAGGAUAUACAGAUCGCGACAGUGGAUCGAAGAGCCGUCGAAAUUCCAGGCCGUUUCGCGGACGUAACGUUUCGACUCUAACGAAUCCAGUCGCGAGUGAGAGUAAAAGUAGAUAGCAGUGCGUCUCCGGCGUUCCGAGUAGCGUCUCGCUCCUCGGGCCGGAUCGAGGAGAUCCAGGAGGAAAACGUAAAGAGAGAAGACGAGCUGCCUCGACGAAGCUAAAAUGGGAAAUGCGGAUAGCGUUCACGACGUGGAGAUGAGCUCUCUCUCCGUGGCAUCGAGCAACGAUCGAUCCCGAAUUAGGAGGACGCCCAUGCGCCCGAUGAUAGCGGAAUACGACCCAAAGAAGCACGGUGUGAAAACAGAACUGUCAGACAUGAUUGUCCUCAAAUACAAGUGCGAGAAAAACGAGGUACCGAUCACCGUGACCAACGGAUCGACCUUGCCUCUCGUGGAACGUCCCAACGACGAAGAAGCAGCGCUUUAUGAUCCGUUCGAGCAUCGAAAAUUGGCUCAUCCUACCUCGGACUUGGAUACGCUGAUACAUCUGCUCAAGGGAAGUCUCGGUACUGGCAUACUGGCUAUGCCAUUGGCCUUUCGAAAUGCUGGCCUCGUUUUCGGUCUUUUCGCGACUUUCUUCAUCGGCGCCAUUUGCACCUAUUGCGUACAUAUUUUGGUGAAAUGCGCCCACGACCUUUGCAGAAGGACACGGACUCCGAGUUUGGGAUUCGCCGAUGUUGCCGAGGCGGCCUUCCUCGUUGGUCCGGAAGGCGUACAAAAGUACGCUCGGCUGGCCAAGGCCACCAUCAAUUGUUUCCUCGUUAUCGAUCUGAUCGGUUGCUGCUGCGUAUACAUCGUCUUUAUCGCGACGAAUCUCGAAGAGGUGGUAACGUAUUACACGCAAAUGGGCCAGGAUUGGGAAGCGGUCAACCGUUUGAGACUGUACAUGGCCGCUCUCUUGCCAUUCCUCAUCGUCUUUUCCCUCGUGAGAAAUCUCAAGUACCUGGCUCCGUUCUCCAUGCUCGCCAACGUAUUGAUAGCUACCGGAAUGGGCAUAACUUUCUAUUACAUAUUUACCGAUCUACCGACCAUCAGUGACGUGCCGAACUUUUCCAGCUGGAGUCAACUUCCCCUGUUUUUCGGUACGGCGAUCUUCGCUCUCGAGGGCAUCGGCGUCGUAAUGCCUUUGGAAAACAACAUGAAAACGCCGACCCACUUCAUCGGUUGUCCCGGAGUCUUAAAUACCGGAAUGUUCUGCGUUGUCUUACUUUACAGCACCGUCGGUUUCUUCGGAUAUUGGAAGUACGGCGAGAAAACGGAGGCUUCGAUCACUCUGAACCCGCCACAGGACGAGAUCCUCGCGCAAUCGGCGAAGAUCAUGAUCGCCGUUGCGAUAUUCUUCACUUACGGCUUGCAAUUCUACGUACCGAUGGAAAUCAUUUGGAAAAAUAUCAGGCAGUACUUCGGCUCGAGAAAGAUCGUAGCCGAGUAUUCGCUUCGAAUAUUUUUGGUUGUGUUCACGGUCUCGGUCGCUAUCGCUUUGCCGUCCCUCGGUCCGUUCAUCUCGUUGGUAGGCGCGGUUUGUCUAUCGACUCUCGGCAUGAUGUUCCCGUCGGUCAUCGAACUGGUAACGGUUUGGGAACAAGACAACGGUCUUGGAAAGUACAAGUGGAGACUUUGGAAGAAUAUCGCGAUCAUUUCGUUCGGCGUGCUCGGCUUUUUAACGGGCUCUUACGUCAGUAUCAAGGAGAUCAUCGAGCAAAAGUGAAGAGCCGUUUGGCAAGACGAGGAGCGAUGCGACCCGACACAACAACGAUCUUUCGUUGCGUAUCACGAACGCCCGAUAUGUUUAAUCUCGCUCGCUCGCGAACGCAAUUGCGAUCACCUCGUCCGCUCGCGUUCCCAUUUUCCGGAAGGAGAAUCGCCGCCGGAAGAAUAAGGCCGCCGUAGAAAGAGCGUCCGGAAAGGACCAUCGCGAAGGAAUAAAGAAAACGACAAGUAAUCGCGAGCACGAGUACGAGUUGCUUGUACCUUUCUCUUCGCUAUCACGAUCCCGAUGACACAUCGAUGAUCGCAUUUGACGACGAGGACGCAAUCAAAUCCCCUUCCGCUUUCACUUUUAUUCCUUCUUUCUUAUUUAGUUCUGUGCUAGAUAUCAUUCGAGAUCCCGUCGUACGAUACAUGUCGUACGUAAUAGUUCAUCCCGUUGCACGUUAUUCGAUUACGACUUCUUCAUAUUCAGCGACGAUCGUCGCUUCGAGCCACGACGAGAGCGUUCGACGGAAAGACGACGAUGACGCUUCGACUUCAUCUUCGACCAUAAUCGUAGGACGGUUUUGGAAAUUUUUCCUUGAUUCUUUGUAUCACGAUCGCGCGGUUUAUCCUCGAGACGUCCUUUGUAUCUUCGUGCCUUAGACGUGAAGUUUUCAUUCGUUUAAACGCAUACACCUAUUCGUCGAAUCACGGACGUGAUGCAGAAUAAAUGCCAACGUAGAAAAGAAAUUCGCCGAUACACGUUCGCUCUCUUUCUCUCUUUCGACUUUUCUACGUACUCGAAAAGUGGAAAUAAAAGGAGGGACGGCGAAAGAGACGGGAAGAGCACGAGAUCGAUCGUCGCAUCGUCAUCGACGGAAGCCACUGAUCUGUUCCUAGUGCAUGAUGCACGAAAUCGUACAAAAGAUUAUCGAUUAAUUCUAAGACGCUAAUCAAGGCGGCUAACACUGCCGUCGAUGUGCGUUUGCUAGUCCGUCAAAAUGGAAGUGACGACCAACGAGUAGAAGACGAGUGAUAUACAUACAAAAAAAAAAAAAAACGCACGUACCUCUGAUUUUCGACGCAGUAUUAAAGAGGUUUCGUAGAUUCUGGCGCUUCGUUUUGCUCCUAACGUGGUCGUACGUCGAGAUCGUUUCGAAACAUAUUAUUUAUUAGAGUUUUCUUUCGACAGUUGAUACCAAUGGAGAACGACCAGUAGUAAACGGCAUUCUUUCGGAAAGAAUAAGCCACGAUCCGUAACUUUGUCCGCUUCUCUCUGAAAUAAAAAAGACAAAAAAAAAUACAAAGGAAGCCUCUAAAAAAGAAAAAGAAGAAAAAGAAACGAGUAAUAAUCGUUGGUGCCUUUUCUAUCGAUACCCAUCGAUGAUCUUACGAGAACGGUGCCAUUACACGAUCGGUCAUUCGAUGAGUCCUACGUAUUUAUAUGUAUACACAUGUACAUAUGUAUGUAUGCGCGCAUAUCGACGAACAAAAAUGUAAAAGACGCACGGCGGGGCCAGCUCGCUCUUCGAGCCAACUUUCCCUUUUCCGUGCGUCUUAGAUAUGCGUUUACGACACAACUCGAGAGUGUUCGACAAUAAUUAUUUAUGCUAAGACGCAAAAAUAAUGUAGGAAGGACCGUUGUAAUUUUUAGAAAACGUAAAUAAUAGGAAGCAAAGGAUUAGUCGAUGCUAUGAUGUUGACAAUAAUUGUAAAUGUCGUUACGAAUAACUUCAUCGCUGUGAUUCUUCUACAGUAUUAAUGCGAUUUUCAUAUUCAAUUCGAUUAUCUGUUUUUACGAAAAGAAAAAAAAAAGAAACAACAUUGACAUUAAGAAAAAAAAGGAGGAGGAAGAAGAAGAAGAGGAAUAGAACGAAAUUUUGAUCGUGGAUAAGUCUUUAAUCGAUCGCGUUCAAAUUGGUAAAAGGACAUAUAACGUGCUUUAUCGGUCAUCAAUCAUCUUCUCGAUAUAUCAAGCAUCGACUUUUGACCUACAAAUUAUAUUCUACAAUCACGCUUAAUCGCACAUUGAUUUAACGUAUGGUAUGCAUGUUAUUAUAGUCCGUAUAUAAUGUGCAAACACUUAAACGCAACCUUUAAUGCCAACUUUUAUGAGUUUUUUUUUUCUCGUUUUGUAAGAAUUUAUCGAAAUUUAUUAUCAUGCGAGUAGAUUAAAUUUAGAUACACGAAUGUUUUUCUUUUUUUUUUUUUUGCCCAAAUUGUUAAUUUAUCUAUCAUUAUACUACAAACGUUAUAUUUAAUAAAUAAAUCAACUUGCAGAUA